CUAAGUAUGAGCUUCGUCUUUCCCCUCAUUCACCAUCACCCCCAUCAUGUCCACUUCUAAAAUGAUCGCUGCCACCAUUAGACAAGUUGCGUUUAAACAAAUUACACCUACAUUCACACGGAUCACUCAAAACACCCUCUGGUCAAAGUCGUCUUUGUGUAACAGCCAUUUACUAAUCAACUCGAAUCGAUUCCUCCAUGGAAGAACCAGCGUUACUCGAAAAGCCUUGCUCGCCAGUUCAACAGCGAACCCUCUUCGGCAAUAUACUACCAACUCACCAAUUGUCAACAAGGAGAAAACGAACGUUAAUCAGGCUCCAGCCUUGGCUACCGCUACUGUUCAAGAGGAGAAUAUGAAUGAAACUGCUCAAAAAGACAAACAUGAAAAGAGAGUCUCUGAAAUUAAGGAUGCCAAACUAAUUUUUAAUCAAGCAUUCAAGAAUGUGCAGGACGUAGUCGGCCGUGAAAACAUGCGAUUCCCCAAGGAAAUCAUUUGGUUGAUGGGUGCUCCAGGAUCAGGAAAAGGCACCCAUACACCCGCCAUUUUACGUGCUAGAGGCAUCACAAACCCACCUAUUUCCAUGUCAUCACUUCUGUCAACACCUGAAUGUAAAGAGCUGAUAAACAAAGGCCUCAUGAUCAGUGACGGGAAGGUAGUCGAGAAUUUGUUGAAUGCCCUGCUGGAUUGUGAGCCAGAAGUGGGUGUACUGGUCGACGGGUUCCCAAGAAGCGAGGUCCAGGUUGAAUGCUUGAAGUUGUUUCAUGAGAGAAUGCAUGAGUUACGAAAAGAGUUUAAACAUACACCUUUGAAAGACUUCUUCCCCAGACCUACCUUCCGUAUCUGCGUGUUAUAUGUGGACGAAGAAAUCUCGGUUAACCGACAAUUAAUGCGCGGAAAGUUGGUGAAAGAGCACAACGCACAAGUUCUUCGAUCUGGCAAGGGUGAAAUUAAGGAAGAGCGCGUUACUGACUAUGAUGAGAUGCUCAUCCGCGCCAGAUAUCAGAUUUUCAAGGACCACUACUCGUGUUUAUUGAAGCUCAGCAAAAUUUUCCCAUUCCACUUGAUCAACGCUGUUGGAAGUAUUGACAGUGUGAUGCGCAUUAUCCUCAAGGAGUUUGAAUAUCAAUCUUCGUUAGAGCUAGAGCAUGACACCUAUGAAGCCAUUUCACAUAUCCCUCUUGCCACCAAGAUUGGUGUUCAUGCACGCCAGGAUCUAAUUAGACGACUGGAGCAUUAUUGCGAGGCAGAGCCUGAGAUCUUUGCUAAAGCUGUCGGCUUUAUUGACCAGGAAGUGACUCCUAUGGUCGCUCGCCAUGCCAUCAGUGGGCAGGCACUUGUGAGAUCUCAAAAUCCAAUCUUGUCAGACCCCAAGAUUGUCGAAAUUGUCAUUAGCAUUCUGUCAGAACGUGGAUAUGCUGUCACCAUGGAUGAACGUGUUCAUGAGACACCCAAACGAGUGGACCCUGAGACAUGGCAGAUUAUUCUCGAUCGAACACAUGUCUAUGCCUUGAACGUUCGCUUCCCUCAACAUCACAUUCAACCUCUGGAACAAAAGUUUUAGUCGUCUGGAGCGUCUUUUUCUUUUUCUCGGGGCAUCAUUUGCAUUAUUUCAAUUUCUAUUUUAAAGUCUUAGAUUUCCAGACAAGAACGUUUAUGCCCUAUACCUCGAAAGCUAGCCUUUCACUCCUCCUCUCCACUUCAUUCUCCUUUUAAUGGAUACCAACGUGUUCAUUUGUAAAACGCGUUAGCCUUUCAUAUGCCUUCCAUUUUUCUUUUUUUUUUUUUUCUGUU